CAGCUGCAUAUGCAUUGAUGAGAAACAUGUCGUCCUCUACCAUCAUCUCUUCCGUGCUGGCCAACUGCAUCCAUCCCAACUCACACCACAAUGUCCAUCCCGAAAACAGCCCGCGCCUGGACGUACACCAACGGCUACCCCAACACUCUCACACAAUCCACCAUUUCCCUCCCCUCCCCCGAUGAAAUCCAGAACGAUGAAAACAGCUUCCUCGUCCGCAUCGCCGCGUGCGCCCUCAACCCCGUCGACAUUCAGACGCAAAAUCUCCCCAACUGGAACAUCCCCUUGACGCCCCUCAAUUACAACCACCCCAAAGGCACCGUCAUGGAUUUCUCGGGCACCGUCGUGGCAGCAGGCGCGAAAUCACAAUUCACAGCGGGAGAUGAGAUUUUUGGUAUGACUCUCAAACCAUAUGCUCCUCCUGCGGGGGGUGCGCUGGCCGAGUAUGCGAAAUUUGAUGCUGCGACGACGCCGGCGGUGCGUAAGCCGAAAGAAUGGAGUUUUGAACAGGCGGCUGCGAUUAGUCUGGUGUGGUUGACUGCGAAAGAGUGUAUUGAGAAGGUGGAGAGUUGGGUGGAGAAGACGAAGACUAAGACAGUGGCGGUGCUGGGUGGGAGUAGUAGUGUGGGGAUUUAUACGAUUAUUCUGGCGAAGAAGAGGGGCUGGAAGGUGGUUGCUACGAGUUCGGGGAGGAACAAGGGAUUUGUCUUGGAUGAGUUGAAGGCAGAUGCGCAUGUGGACUAUACCUCGCAGAAUGUACGACAAGGUGUGGACGCGUUCCAGCCUGAUGUGGUGAUUGAUUGUGUGGGUGGGACGGAGUGUAUUGGGUUGCCGAGCAGUAAGAGGUACAUCUCGAUUGUGGGAGACAAGACGGGGAGGACGAUGAUGGGAGGCCCGUACACGUACUACGACAUCCUGCAUCCCUUCACGGCAGCUAUGCAAUGGCUGAGGUGGGCGCGGGGAGAGUACGGACUCGGUGAGAGCUAUGAUGUUGUGAUCCUCAGUCCUAAGAAGGAGUGGCUCGAGGACGCGAAGGAGACCCUGACUGCCGACGACAUUCACAUCGAUAGCGUGCAUGCCUUUGAGGAUGCCAAGCAGGCUUUCGAGAGGUUGAACACUGGCCGGGCGAAGGGGAAGGUGGUCAUCCGUACGGGAAGCAAGCUGUAGAACAGCGCAUACAGAUAUCCCGUGGCAGAGUAGGUACAGGAGGGUGGUCAUGCCAAUGAUCGAUAGCGUCUUGUCGAUGAUGUUGGCACUCCCACUCGUCUCUCAGAGAGGUCCCAAGGCCCUGUAUCAUUCCCGUACUGACCACUGUCGGUAAUCAAGUAUGUAAAUUGAGGCAUUUCACA